AGACCAUUCCGCCGUGUUCGGCUUCCUCGACCAGCGCUUACCGACGCACACGUGUACGAGCUUCACACUUUAAAAAAAGCAAAAAAAAGAAAACCACACGAAGGAAUACCUGUCGAAGAUAAUACAAUAGUGAGCAGAACAAUUCAACGAUGCUGCUGCACGAAGCCCUCCUACAAUCGGAAUGUCCCAUCUGCCUUCAGCCUUUACACUUCGCGGUUGUUCCACCACCGCCUAGCCGGCCCGCGUCCACGCUCAGCGGUGCUUCUCCCUCCUCCCUCUCCACCCCCUCCACUCCCUCCAAUUACGUGAGCAGCACCACCCACUCGCCCAUCGCACCGUCGGGCCGACUCAUUGAAGUCGACAACGGCGGUGAGUUUCAAAUCACCUUCGCCCCCGGCGUGUACGGCAGCGACCUCGCGGACCCGUGGCACCCCACGUUUGAAAUCUUGUCAAGCAACUCCAGUUCAUCCUCCGCACAGUCCAUCUCGGCUGACGAAACCCACUCGACCCCCUCGUCUGACGAAGCUGGUUCAACCUUCUCGUUUUCCUCUUCAGAGUCGAGUCACUCGAUCCCCACGACCAGGACUCACGGCACCCCAAGCGAUGAGAGCGCGUCGGGGGUGGCGGUGUUGCCGUGCGGGCAUCUGUUGCACUACGUCUGUGCGAUGCAGCUGUUCGAGUACGCGACGGGGAAGUCGUGUCCGGUCUGCCGGAAAGCGCUGAUCUCUAGGGCGGAUGUGGUGUUGUUCUGCCCCCGCGUGCGAACACCGCCUCACCCAGCAGCAAGCAUACCGACAGCAACAUCAGAAAGGGCAGCCAGCACUCGGAAGCGCCGGCGCAACGAUGCAGACACGCCUAGUGAUCAACUCCCCUCACAAAACGUUCUCGGUGGCUGCAGCAGCGUUACGGUGAGGUCGGCUGACGACGCAGAGAGGUCGGAAAGAGCAAGAGAGGAGGUAUUGGGUGGCACGCAGCUGGUGGGCACGGACAGUGAUGCAGCGCAGCUAGUUGUGCCGUUGGAUCAUGAGCGUGGGGUGCGCGCAUCCUCGGCCUUGAUCAGACCUCUCGCAGGCGCCAGCAACGCUGCCGCUUUGUCAAGCUCGUCCGUGCUGCACAGGAGUCACGCAUCAGGUGAAGCGUCUCGUCCAACGCCAACGCCGGCGGAGGACGAUAUUCUGCUUCUCGGGGCACGACAGCUCCCACCCGCGCAGGCCUACGCAGACCUCUUACUUCGCAGCACCGCAACGUGGGCGGACCGGACUGACGUGCUCAAGGCCCGCGUGACACACUUAGAAGGGAAUCAGCGGCAGUUGCAGAACGACUGCGCUGAACUCGAGCGCAUGCUCGCCGCCGCUCGUCGCCGGCGCGAACUUCUGCUGAACCUUCCCUCUGCCGCCCAUACCGGGGGUAACGGAGUCGAUGCACUACCGUCCUAUGAGCGACUACAGGAAUUGCGCCGGUUGGGCAAGGAAACGCGCACAGCCAUGACGGAGGUCACCGCGCAGCUCGCCGCCAGCACGCGCGCGCACGCGGAGGUGCGUCGCCAGAUUGAAAAGUACAGCCGCAAACUGGCUCGGCUGAAAGUGGGAGGUGAUGUCGAGAAGGAAGCAGAGUUUACUGUAAAGGACGGGAAGAGCCAACACAUGCCGUCGCAGCGCAGCACGGCCGCAAAUACUAGUGGUAGUGACGGUGGCGAUCGAGGGGCGAGUGGGCAGAGCGAGAGCGCGUGGGAUCCGUAA